AUGGGCUCUCAAUUGUUAACGGGUGAUCUAGUUCUUUGCAAAGUCGGUUCCUUUGCGCCCUGGCCUGCAGUGGUGUUCCCACAGCGGUUUUUGAGAAAAGAUGUUUACCGAAGACGACGGCCCGAUUGCGUCGCGGUAUGCUUCUUCAACGACGAAACUUACUACUGGGAUAAGCCCGGGCGGCUGCGUCCGCUUUCCCAAACCCUAGUUGAUGAAUUUUUGGAGCGUGCUGCAACCAAUACCGCAGAAGAUCCGGUUCUGGUGGAAGCAUACGAAGAGGCUCGAAAUUUCAAGUCUUUACACGAGUUUCUGAUGCAGCGGCUGGAGGAAGAAAACCGUAUGCAAGAUUGGCACGAAAACGCAGAUAAAGAUACAAAAGUCGAAGCAGGUGAAGAUCCAUUCGAAGGCAGAUCGACAAAAUCGAAAACCGUCAGAAAAAGCAGUGAACCAGAACAAGCAGCAAUAGCACCUUCGUCCCGAUCCAGAUCUCGAGUCGUUGCGUCGUCAGAUUCUGGUUCAGCUACAAUAGGAGCCCCUACCACCAAGUCUGGACCGAAAUCUGAGCCAAAUGUUUCAAACCGCAGAUUAGCACGACUGGAUCAUGCCAAGCGGAUUGAAAUCUCUUUACUUCUUCGCCGCAAGCUACAGACUAAUCUCGUACAACGAAAUACGCCUCCAGGCCCAGACGAACUGAAGGAGUCGCGAAAACUGCUUGCGAAAAUAGCUGAAAAUAUGGCCUCAAUGCCUCAAUUUUUUGACUUAGAUGCCCUCAGACAGAGCAAAUUGCACAAACUACUGAAAGUUAUAGCUAACGAUGAAAACCUGGAAGAAUUCCACGGCCAGUGCACGGAAAUCCUAGAGGAAUGGAAGGAUUCGAUCUCACAGUUGCGAAAGGAAAAACUGAAGUCUCAGGAGACAUGA